AUGGACAUUUGGGAACGCAAGGUGAAUAAAGAUGACUCUCCCUUACUUAAAAAGGUGCUGGAUAUCAGGGAUAGUAUCUUGGGUGAUGAAGGCACACUCCAAGCCAGUAUGGAUAGACUCAUUUGUUGGAUGGAGACUAGGAAUUUUUGCAUCUCAGCUGCCUAUGAUUUCUGUAGGCCGAAUAGUACUAAGGUUGUAUGGAUAGCGAGUGUUUGGAAUGCGCCCAUUACUCAUAAGCAUGCCUUCAUUCUUUGGUUGUCUGUUAAGACCAGAUUGCUUAACAAGAAUAAAAUUAAGUAUUUGGAUUUAGAUUGUAGAUGUGUACUUCAUGGAUUAACGGAGGAGACAGUACGACAUCUAUUUUUCUACUAUCCAUUCAGUAGUUCUGUUUGGGGAAAGAUUCGGAGGUGGUUGGCCAUCACAUGUACAAUGUCCAACUUGUCGAGUGCAGUGAAAUGGAUGAGAAAGGAAGCACGGGGAAUGACUUGGCAAAGCAAAGUUAAGAAAAUUGCACUUGCUACUUCCGUUUACUACAUUUGGAUGGCUAGGAACAAGAAGAUUUUUAAAGAUCUUGAGCCACACGUUGAUUGUGUUGCCCGAUAUACUUAUACAUGA